UUUCUACAGCUCCAUUCAGAUCAAGACAAAGGAGAUGGGAGCCUGAAAUAUAUUCUCUCAGGAGAUGGAGCGGGAACUCUUUUUGUCAUUGAUGAGAGAACAGGUGACAUUCAUGCCACACGACGCAUUGACAGAGAAGAAAAAGCCUUUUACACCUUGCGUGCACAAGCAAUAAAUAGAAGGACAGGGAGACCCGUGGAACCGGAGUCAGAGUUUGUCAUAAAGAUACAUGACAUUAAUGAUAAUGAGCCAACUUUUCUAGAACACAUUUAUUCUGCCAGUGUCCCUGAAAUGUCUGAUGUUGGCACUUUUGUUGUGCAAGUUACUGCUGUAGAUGCGGAUGAUCCUUCCUAUGGAAACAGUGCCAAAGUUAUUUACAGCAUACUUCAGGGACAGCCAUAUUUUUCUGUGGAAUCGGAAACAGGUAUUAUUCGAACUGCAUUGCCAAACAUGAAUCGAGAAAUAAGAGAAUAUUACCAAGUUGUUAUUCAGGCCAAAGAUAUGGGUGGCCAAAUGGGAGGAUUAUCUGGAACAACCACUGUAAACAUUACUCUUACUGAUGUCAAUGACAAUCCACCAAGAUUUACUCAAAAUACUUACCAUCUUAGUGUCUCAGAAUCAUCUCCAGUUGGGACUACCGUUGGUCAUAUAAAAGCAGUGGAUGCUGAUAUUGGCAGAAAUGCUGAAGUUCGUUAUAGAAUAACAGAUGGAGAUGAAAUGGGCAUAUUUGAAACAACAACAGAGAGAGCAACACAAGACGGUGUCAUAACUGUAAGAAAGAAACUGGAUUAUGAAAGUAAAAGGCUGUACACCUUAAAAUUGGAAGUUGAGAAUACACAUGUGGAUCCACAUUUUCACUACCUUGGUCCUUUUAAAGACACUGCAACUGUCAAAAUCUCAGUGGAAGAUGCCAAUGAGCCCCCUGUGUUUGGAAGAUCUAGCUAUAUGUUCAAGGUGCAUGAAGACAUUGAAUUAGGAACAAUAAUUGGAACUGUAAUGGCAAGAGAUCCUGACACCAUAUCAAGCCCUGUAAGGUUUUCUCUGGAUCGCCACACUGACCUUGACAGAAUUUUUAAUAUACACUCAGGAAAUGGAUCAAUUUAUACUGCAAAACCCUUGGACCGUGAAAUAUCCCAGUGGCAUAAUCUUAGCAUCAUAGCUACGGAAAUUAAUAAUCCCAAGCAAACAACACGGUCAACUGUUUAUAUACUGAUUCUGGAUGUCAAUGACAAUGCACCACAAUUUGCAAUGUUUUAUGAUACGUUUGUCUGCGAGAAUGCAAGACCAGGACAGUUAAUACAAACAAUAAGUGCAGUGGACAAAGAUGAGCCUCCUGGUGGGCAAAAAUUCUUUUACAGCUUAGCAGCUGUUAACCCAAACUUCACAGUCCAGGAUAAUGAAGAUAACACAGCUCGCAUCUUAACAAGGAGGAAUGGUUUUAACAGGCAUGAACUAAACACAUAUCUUCUACCAGUGGUCAUAUCUGACAAUGACUACCCAAUCCAAAGCAGCACUGGGACAUUAACUAUAAAAGUAUGCACAUGUGACAGCAACGGAAACAUGCAGUCCUGCAGUGCUGAGGCUUUACUUUUACCUGCUGGCCUGAGUACAGGAGCUUUAAUCGCAAUUCUGCUUUGCAUCAUUAUACUUCUGCUUAUUGUAGUGUUGUUUGCUGCCCUGAAAAAACAAAGAAAGAAAGAACCAUUAGUCCUGUCUAAAGAGGACAUUAGAGACAACAUUGUAAGCUACAAUGAUGAAGGAGGCGGAGAAGAAGAUACACAAGCCUUUGAUAUCGGUACACUCAGAAAUCCUGGAGCCAUUGAGGAUAAGAAACACCGUAGAGAUAUUGUACCUGAAAAUCUCUUGUUACCUAGGAGAACUGCUUCUGUGCCAGACAAUACAGAUGUUCGUGAUUUCAUUAACCAAAGGCUAAAAGAGCAUGACAAUGAUCCUAUUGCACCACCAUAUGAUUCACUUGCAACAUAUGCAUAUGAAGGAAAUGAUUCUAUAGCUGAAUCUUUAAGUUCUUUAGAGUCUAGUACAACAGAAGGGGACCAAAACUAUGAAUACCUCAAGGAAUGGGGUCCACGUUUCAACAAACUAGCUGAAAUGUAUGGCAGUGGGGAGAGUGAUAAAGAUUCUUAACUUUCACACUAUGAUCAAUCUUUUUUAUUUGAAGCUAAAUGGAAUAAAUUUGCGGGCACUUGGAAAUAAUAUUAACAAUUUUAAAAUACUUUUUUUCUGACACUUGGCACAGUGUUAAAUAAUAACAAUAAUACAUUAAAAAUGAAAAAAAAAACUUUAUACCACAUUCAUUUAUUUCAUCUGUUUUUAUUCAAUGUAGAAUAUCACCCUAGAGAAUGACUAAUGUUAAUUAUAAGCCAUGGAUCAAAUGCCAUGGUUGCUAUGUUGUAUGUCAAAUCCAAUGAUCACUUUGAAGACUUGAACAGAAGAAUACUUCCUCGUACAAACUCAUGUACACAUUGCUUUUUGGGGUAAUUUGGCUGCCUUUCCAUUUGCAGCAUCUACUUUUUUUAUUAUUUUUAUUUUCUUCCAGAGGGAACCAGGAAAUGAUUUUUCUGAUACAUUUCUGAUACAUUAUGUAUAUUACAAUGUACAGAAUAUGUACAUGUGGUGUUAGUGUGAUGAAGCUGGUGAAGAUAUAUGUUAGUAGAAGUUCAUUUCAUCAUAUAGUAUCUUGCCAAUGUUUUAUAUUUAUAUUUUUGUAUUUAUUUUUAAGAAAUAAACCUGUUUUUACAACUUGA